AUUCCUCUACUCUACUCCGCUUCUGCGUCAGUUGCGGAACGCUUAGCUCCUCCUAAUAUAAGGUCGGCAACCUCCUAUUCUGAAGUUUAGUUGACGCCUUCGCGGUUGGUUUCGCCAGUGAUGGAUGUUCAGGCUGCUAGAUCGAAACGACAGGGUGGCAAUACUGGUUGAGCAGCACUCUUGCAGAUAGUAGUGGACCGAGCGAAGACGAGAGUGGACCUGAGGUUGAUUCUAACGACGGCAUGGCCACGUCAAGUAGCCACGAGAUUGAUCUGUGCGAAGUGUCAUGCGGAAUAAGCAAUCGCGAGGAUGCGAGUAACGAGCGUAGUGAGGAUUUCACGGAAGCGGAGGCACGGGAGGCCGAUGCCGAAGACUUUACUGGCGUGGAAUCUCAAGAGGAUGGUCGGAGCGAGGGCUUAGCCGGAAUGGAUUCACGGCAGCAUGGCCGGAAGGGAGAGAAUCCCCAGCAGGACGGUUCAAGCGAAGACCAGAUUCAGAUGCAAGUCGAUCAGGUGCUUGAGGACGCCAUUGUCAGCUCGUCGCAGGAGGAAGCGCUCCAUCUCCAACCAGAUUGGGAAGGUGCGACGGUGGAGGUCCCUCCUGAUGACGUGCCCAUGCCAGACUGGCAUGACGACGCCAUAGAUCUGACGUGUCCGAACAGCCAGUCGUGCUCGCCCCAUGGCGCUCUUUCCCAGGACCUCUCCCCUCCUAUUUCCCAAGACAUCAAGCCGGAUAUCCAGCCUUUCGUCUCUUACCCGCCUGCCGUGCCUCUUGCCGUGCCUGUUCCCGAGCCUGCUGCCGAGCCUGGAGCCGGAGCUGAUCGAGGGGCGGGAACCAGGCCUGGUGCAGCUGCAUCCGGUGGUGAGGAGGGAGUGAGCGGUCCGGGAGGAGCGGAAGAAGGGGCUGCCAGGGGGGGGAUGGCAGCAGCAGGCGGAGGAACGAGUGGGGAAUGCCGAGGUGGGGGGGGAGCGGGAGGAGCAGGAGCAGGCUCGACUCCAGAGGUAGUUGGAGGCGUUGCUUUCUUUGGUGCUGGCACUGGCAUUGACAGUCACACUGGUGCGCACACUGCCUUUGGUGCUGGCGCUGGCAUUGACACUCACACUGCUGCUGACACUGCCUUUGGAGCGGGCGCUGACAGUGCAUCUGGGCUGCACACGCAGCCAUGCUCCAUGGACAUAGACAUGCACGCGCCGCUGUCGCCCGACGUUCGACUGCUCAGUCUGCGGCAUCAGGAGGACUCCUGCCACGAGUCCGCCCACGAGGGCAAUGACCACCAUCUGCCCCCGCCUGGGCCCAACGUUGCGGUCAGGGAAGCCGGCACACCGCCGGAGUCUGAGGCAACUGAUGAGGGCAACACAUUGACUGCACCCGUACCUACGCAUGCUGCUCCGGAGGUUGCUGCUGCUACAGCUGCUGCUACAGCUGAUGCUACAGCUGCUGCUCGUGAGCCUGUUGCUGCUGAGAGGAUCUCUGACCCGGGUUCUGGCAUGGCUCCAGCGCCUGCUGCUGACGUGGCUGAUGAGCCUGCUGCUGUCGCGGCUGAUGAUCCUUCUGCUGACGUGGCUGAUGAGCCUGCUGCUGUCGUGGCUGAUGAGCAUGUUGCUGAUGUGGUCGGCAAGGCAACCGGUUGUAAGGCUGGGGAGCCUGCUGCUGACGUGGCCAGUGAACCUGUUGCUGACGUGGCUGUUGAGGCUGCUGCUGACAUGACUCAAGUGGAGGAGGGCCGCCCGGAGGAGGCUCGCUGGUUGUCCACUGACAGUUUUGGCUCCUUUGGGUACAGCAGUCUUCAGCCCGCGAGUCAGGAGUUUCCAGACUCGUCCGACCUCUUCCCCUUGCCGUCAGACCAUGCUCGCACCACGUGGCACGACCAGGCUGGUAACAGGGCAGCUUCUAACGAGGAUGCGGAGGGAACGGAGGGCAAAGGCGUUAAUGCAGAAGAUCGGAAUGGGGACGUGGGGGGCGGCAGCAGGCAAGGCAAUACCAGAGAGGAGCAGGUGGGAGGGGAGGGCGAGGGAGGGGGAGAUGGGGGGAGAGAAGGAGAAUCAGGCAACAGUGAGGAGGGGAGGGUAGCUGAGAGCUGUGAAAAGAAGGAGGAGAGGGGGAAGGAAACAGCGGAAGGGGCUGAAUUGGAAGGGGGGAAGGAAGGGGUCGGAGGGGAGAAAGGUGCGGGAGCAUCCAAGGUGUGCAUUGUAGAGGCGGAGACAAAUGAGGUGGAGAUGGAGAGAAAAAGUUUUCCUGAUGGUGGCGAUGGGCCACUGGUGGAAAGGGAUACAGAGAGAGAGGGAGGGGUUAGGGUCGAGCAGGACGUAGGGGAGCAGGGACGGCGAGCAGGGAAGGGUGGGGGAGAGAAGGAGGGGGAGAGAGCAGGGGAGGCUGUGAAAUUUCAGGAUGAGCCAGCAGGAGAGGAGAUAGAGAUAGGGGAGGAAGUGAGUGAGGGGAAGGAGAAAGAAAUGGGGGAGGAGAGAGAAGUGGGAAAGGAGAAGGGGUUAGGGGAGGGGGACGAGGUGGGAGGGGAGGAGAUGGGAGACGAGAGGAAGGAGGGAGAGGAGGUGAGGGACGAGAGACGAGAUGGCGAGGAGGAGGACGCAGUGGGUGCUGAGAAGAAUGACGAUGGUGGUCCGAUGCCUGUGGAUGGCCUAGAUGGGGAUGGACGCAGACCUCUGAGUGAACCGAGGGAGGGUCGGAAUGCAGGUGGGAAGGACAAGAGGGAGAGAGAAGAAAAGGAGGGUGAGCGGGGGGGUGGGGAUGAUGUGGACAUGUCAGAUGCGGGGGUUAAGCCGACGUUCGAGGCGUGGCUGCCAGUGGACGCGGCAGAGGAGCCCUCGUUUGAGACGCAGCAGAUGAAGGAUGCGGCUGAUGGGGGUGCUGGUGAAUCCUUGGAUGCUGCUGCGGGUGCGACGACUGCUCCCUCUGCAGAUGUCACCAUGGGAGUGGAUGGAGAUUCAGGCGACGCGGGUGAAGUAGGGGGUGCGGCAGUGGAGGCAAGGGGUGAAGAGGGGAUGGAGGAGAGGAGGCGGGAGGAGAGGGUGGGAGGUGUAAGCACAGCCUAUGGCACGUUCACUCGCUUUGCUAAGAGCCACUUAGUUGUCGGUACCAGCGUCAAUGCUGGGAGUGAUGGGGGUGGUGGUGGUGGUGCGGGUAGCAUCGACACUCAGGAAGACAAAGAAGGAGGGUAUGGGGAUGCACCAGCAGAGGAGGACGGGGAUGUUCCUGCUGCUAGUGCAUCAAGAGUGCCUGCUGCUGAUGCACCUGGCUCUGCUGCUCCCGCUCCCACGCAUCCAUCUGGAUUGCCAAGCGAGCCUGCUGUGGACGAAGAGGAGACUCAGCUGGGAGUGGGAGAGGAGGCGAAUGAGGGGGGCAUAGAAGAAGCGGAGGUGGUGGCGAGUGUUAAACGGGGGAAGGAGGUGCAAGAGGAAGCGCAGGGGGAGACCGUGGAGGAUAAGGUGGAGGAGGAUGAGGAGGGGGGGCAGAAGUUGGCGGUCUCUGAGCGUGGGGCAGGUGAAGGAGGAGGGGGGGACGGAGAGAGGGAAGCAGAUGAAGACGAACGAUACUUGGUGGUGGAGGUGGGCGGGAUGAAAGGGGGGGUCACAAUGGAGGUGGGCGGGGUGGGAGGUGGGUUGGCAGUGGCCGUGGAUGGGGUAAGAGAAGGAGAGGAGGGGAUGGAGGCGAGAGUGGGGUUGAGUGCGGAUGGGGAGAUACGGGACGGAGAGGAGGGCACAGGGGAGGAGCAGACGGGGCAAGAGGGCGUGGCUGGCGGUGGCAGGGCAGUUCGUGAGGGAGCUGCAUUUGGGGCGCCUCAAGAGCAGGAUGGCGUGGCUGGUCCUAACAGUGCAGUUCGUGAGGGGGUUGAGGCGCCGGGCGAGGCAGUGGCUGUUGGAGACAGGAUGGAGGGAGGGGCAGGGGAGGGAGGGCAAGGAGCAGGAGAAGCAGAGGGAGGAGGAGCAUUGGGGAGGGGGGAAACCGGAGCAGUGGUGAGUGGGGCAGGAGCAAGAGCUGCAGCAGCAAUUUCAGCAGCUUUACUGGGCAGCAGGCAAAUCUCAGAGCUCGAGGUAUCAGCUAGUGUGAAAGUAGACCUGCCAGAGGGAACUGCUGCUGCCGCACAGACAGUAGCCAAGGCGCUAGCUGCUAGAAUGGCAGGACAGGUGGCAGCAGCCAUGGGUGCUGGGCUUGACGAGGCCAACAUGCGACCCGGUUCUGCCAUCCGGGGUCAGAACAAUGUCACGGAAAGGGAGGCGGGUCGUGCUCCAGUGAGGGACGGAGAUGUGCUCCAGGGAGAUGUGCUCUUCAGGUCGUCCCACAUUGCUCAGGUGCCGGCAGCGGGUGAGGCUUCAGCGGCAGAAGAGAUGGAAUUUGACGUGAUGGUGAUCGGGAGGAGGAGGAAGAGCUCGGGGACCCCUGCUGGCACGCCCACGGCAACACCGAGAGAUGGGAGGGGGCAUGCCAGGAUAGAUGCUGCUGAGGGUGGUUUGGAUGGCAGUCCACUGGGUAUAAGCAAGGGGAGAAAACGAGCCCGUGGGCUUCAGGGCGAAGGAAGGAGCCGGCGAGAGGAAGAUAAUAUUGAGAAACCACUGUUCGUUGAGCCACUGCCACGAGGUGGUGCCACAGGUGCGAAUGUAACAACAGGUCCUGCUAGAGCUGCCACUUGUGGAAAGCCAGCUAGAGUCUCCGCAUUUGCUGGUGGUCCUAGGGCUGGUGGUGUUCCCCUGGCCACUCCAGAUGCUCCAAUUGCCCGCUCAGCUCCUGCUUCUGAACCGCCGCCAGCCAGGAAGAAAUGGUGGCAGGAGUUGUAUGAUUCACCCAGUGCUGGAGGCUCACUUAGGCGAGAUAGCUUGGGAGGAAUCUCUGGGAGGAAUGCUGCUUCGCAGAUUGACCCAUCUUGGGACCUCCUAGAUGUGAUGAUGAAUGCAGGAGUAUCCCUACCGCUUCCGGCAAGGAGGGGUAGGCAUCGCCCACAGUUUUGAAAGAUUUUUUUUUUUUGUGCUUACUACAACCUGUGUUUUUAUGUUUGUAUAUACUUGCUGGGGUAUAUGUUUCCCUUGUAUCGGUGGAAUACUGUGGUGGAAUCAAGAUG